UUCAUAUUAAGGUCAUGACGAAUAUAUAAUGCCGUAAAGCAGGGGCCUAGAUAUAUUUGUCUUUACCCAGGCGUUGAAAAUUAAUAAAAAUGCAACAUUUUUUAAUGUACUUUAUGGGCAUAAGUGCCUUCGCCACGGUUUUAUAUAUUUUACUUCAAAGUUCAUCCUUGGCAUCUGAUGAAGGCAAAAUAAUGCAAACUGGAAAGAUCCCUCUUCAUAUUGUAGUGGUCUCGUGCGGUAAUCGAUUGCAGGAAGCUCUAGUUGUGAUCAAAUCGGCUCUUCUAUUUAAUACAAAUAAAGAAUAUCUUAAAUUUCUUAUAUUUACUGAGAAUACGGAUAAAUUCAGAGAGAAACUGACAGACUGGAAGGAUUUGGUCCCGUACCCAUUCGAUUUUGAACUAUUGCAGUUAAAAUUUCCCAAACAAAAUGAAGUUAAAUGGAAAAAUCUAUUUCAACCCUGUGCUGCUCAACGUCUCUUUUUACCGUCCUUGCUAACAAAUGUGGAUUCCUUGCUAUAUGUCGAUACGGAUGUUCUGUUUUUGUCACCAAUCUCGAAUGUAUGGACAUUCUUUAAGAAAUUUAAUGAAACUCAAAUGGCUGCCAUGACUCCGGAACAUGAGAGUGGGAGUGAGAAUAUUGGCUGGUAUAAUCGUUUUGCACUUCAUCCAUUUUAUGGAAAACUGGGUAUUAAUUCCGGCGUAAUGCUAAUGAAUCUCACACGCAUGCGUGAAUUUAACUGGGAAAAUCAAAUCCUGCCUAUAUACAAAGAAUACAAAUCACGUAUUCCGUGGGGAGAUCAGGAUAUCAUUAAUAUACUUUUUCACUACCAUCCUGAUAAGCUUUAUGUGAUGCCUUGUGAAUAUAAUUAUCGAACAGGUCACUGUAUGUACACGAGGGUUUGUAACACUUCGCACUUAGGUAUCAAGUUAAUGCAUGGUAACAGACAUAUUUUUCACAAUGAUAACUUUCCGCUUUUCAAAACCGUUUAUGAGAUUAUUGAAAACUAUACGCUUGGGUCAAAUCCGUAUACAAACUUUCUGUUACCCCUACGCAGAGGACUUAAUCAAGAAUCAGUUGUCAAUUCCAGUUGUGGAAUGAUCUCCAGUGACGUUUUAAAAAUAUCAAGCACUCUAUUUGACGAUUUAUCUGAAGAUUUGUAUGAGAAAUAAUGUACUUACAUGAUUGUGAACCAUAAGCAGACGAAUCAAAUUGAGAUAAACAAAUCAGUUAAAUGUAGGUCAAAUUAAAUUGUAAUUGAAACCACUCAUCUUCAGAC